AUGGGAGACAAGCUGUUUCCUAUCAGAAAUUACUUCUUCCUGGGAAGUUAUCAGUCGUGCAUUGGUGAGGCACCGGUAAGUUCGAUAUUCAGCCCCGUUCACGUCGCGUAUUCUUUUUUUAGAAAAUCAUUACAAAAAGCGAAGAUGAAAAGAAUGAGAAAGAUGUCUAUCUGUACAGAGCUUACAUCGCGCUGAACCAAGGUUUCAUCCCGCUGAAAGAAGUUUUUGCUCCGUCGCUAACUGUUAUCUUUACACAUUACUCUCAGAUUCCUGCUUCCACUAAAUCUUCUGAUUUGGCUGCUGUCCGUCGCUAUGCUGAUUUCCGUUGCAAUCCGGGAUCGAAGGAUAGGAUCCUGACUGAAGUCAAAGGAGAAGUCGCCUCCAGAACUAUCCAAUCCGAAAUUGCCGCUGUUCUUGCCGCAACAAUUCUCAAUGAAGCCAACGUGAGUUCUGUUAGUUGUAACCUUUGGAAAAGAAAUGAAAAAAUCUGCUGAAAAAAAUUUUUGCAGCGUUCGGAAGAGGCCUUCCGUGCCGUUUCCCGUUUCGAAGGACUCGAGGCCCGCGCUGCCAAAGUGUUCACUCUGAUUAAGAUGAACAGACGGAAGUUGGCGGCCGUCGAAGUUAAGAAGAUGAAUCAGAUCGACGAAGACGCCACGCUUUCCCAACUCGCCAAUGCGCUCGUAACUUCUGUUGGAGCCGGCGGGAAAGUCAAGGAUGCUCUGUACAUUUACAAUGAAAUGGCUGAGAAGUUUGGCAGAACAACGGAUCUUGAGAUGCACCAGGCUGUCGUCAGUGUUCUCACUGAGGAUUAUGCUGCUGCCGAGGAACUUCUUGAGGUGAGAACAUCUGUUUGACUGAAUAGCGGAAAUGUUUUGUUUCAGAGCGCUCUCGAAAGAGACAACAAGGAUGCCGAUGUUCUGAUCAACUCGCUGGUCGCCGCUCAGCUCAACGAGAAAGAUGACGAGGUAAUGUGGCAUCAAAACUUGAAAAUCUGAAAGCCAAUUUUCUUCAGGUCGUCGAUCGCUUUAUUUCUCAGCUGAAGCAUGAUCAUCCGAAACAUCCCUGGGUGAUUGACUACAACGAGAAGGAGGCCGCCUUCGACCGUAUUGCUACUUCUUCUCGGGCCUAA